ACUCCGCAGCUGAAGCGCAUUUGGCGAGGCGGUCGGGCGAGGGAGCGCGCACGGAGCGCGGGACGGAGCGCUGGGCAGACGGACCGACGGACGGACGCCCCCGCACACGCAGACGCACAGAGCUCUGCUAGGUUCCCGUCACACACACACACACACACACACACACGCAGACACACACAGGGACACGCACACUCGCGCGCUCACAUCCUCCCGCCAGCCUGCCCGCCAGCUCGCCGGCGCCCGGAGCCCGCUCUGGCCGAUACAUGAAAAACAUCUGUUACAUGCCUGGUUUGUUCUAGGCUCUGGGGAUGCACUGCUGAAAAAGAUGAGCUUCCUGCCCAAGUUGUACCAAGGGAGAGAGAAAACAUAAGCAAAGAUAGAACAUUUCAAGAGAUGAGCAGUGCUCUGGAGACGGAAAAGGAGUGAGACAGAGAACUACACCGCUGAUGACUCCGAGCAAGGGGCCCUGGACAUGUGCUGCAGCGAGAGGCUGCCGGGUCUCCCCCCGCCGGUAGGGAUGGAGGCGCUGGACCAGGCCGAGGGGCCCGCAGCCUCUCCGAGAGAGAUGCCACCGCCCCCACCUCCUGCACCGCCCUCAGAGCCAGCUCAGAAGCCGCCACCUCGGGGCCCUGGGAGCCCCUCCCUCACUGUCAGGAGCAGCCUGUGCCUGUUGGCUGCCUCCCAGUUCCUGCUUGCCUGCGGGAUGCUUUGGCUCAGCGGCUAUGGCCCCUUCUGGUCGCAGAAUGCCACCGACCUCAUCUCCUCUGUGCUCUCGCUCCUGGAGCAGCUGGGACCCUCGGCCUGGCUGGGCGUUGGGACCUGGGGCAUCCCCUGUCUGCUGCUGGCCUCUCUGUCUGUGGUCCUCCUCACCACCCUGGUGUGGUACCUCCUGAGGGCUCCACCAGAGCCACCCGCCCCACUGCCCCCCGAAGACAGGCGCCAGUCUGUGAGCCGUCAGCCCUCCUUCACCUACUCGGAGUGGAUGGAGGAGAAGGUUGAAGAUGACUUCCUGGACCUGGAUCCCGUCCCUGAGACGCCUGUGUUUGACUGUGUGAUGGACAUCAAACCUGAGGCCGACCCCGCCUCACUGACCGUCAAGUCCAUGGGUCUGCAGGAGAGGAGGGGCUCCAACGUCUCCCUGACCCUGGACAUGUGCACGCCGGGCUGCAACGAGGAGGGCUUCGGCUAUCUCAUGUCCCCGCGAGAGGAGUCAGCCCGUGAGUACCUGCUCAGCGCUUCCCGUGUCCUCCAGGCUGAGGAGCUUCACGAGAAGGCCCUGGACCCCUUCCUGCUGCAGGCAGAAUUCUUUGAAAUCCCCAUGAACUUUGUGGAUCCAAAAGAGUAUGACAUCCCUGGGCUGGUGCGGAAGAACCGGUACAAAACCAUCCUUCCCAAUCCUCACAGCAGAGUGUGUCUGACUUCACCAGACCCCGACGACCCUCUGAGUUCCUACAUCAACGCCAACUACAUCCGGGGCUACGGUGGGGAAGAGAAGGUGUACAUCGCCACUCAGGGACCCAUCGUCAGCACCGUCGGCGACUUCUGGCGCAUGGUGUGGCAGGAGCACACGCCCAUCAUUGUCAUGAUCACAAACAUCGAGGAGAUGAACGAGAAGUGCACCGAGUAUUGGCCGGAGGAGCAGGUGGUGUACGAUGGCGUCGAGAUCACCGUGCGGAAAGUCAUCCACACUGAGGAUUACCGGCUACGACUCAUCGCCCUCAGGGCUCAGAGAGUUCACAGGCAUCUGGGGUGGUGGGCCUCUGUCUCCCGGACAGAGCGGGACAGAAGAACGAGGCCUGAAGCAUUACUGGUUCACAUCCUGGCCCGACCAGAAGACUCCAGACCGGGCCCCCCCUCUCCUGCACCUGGUGCGGGAGGUGGAGGAGGAAGCCCAGCAGGAGGGGCCACGGUGCGCCCCCAUCGUCGUCCACUGCAGCGCAGGGAUCGGGAGGACAGGCUGCUUCAUCGCCACCAGCAUCUGCUGCCAGCAGCUGCGGCAGGAGGGCGUGGUGGACAUCCUGAAGACCACGUGCCAGCUCCGUCAGGACAGGGGCGGCAUGAUCCAGACGUGUGAACAGUACCAGUUCGUGCAUCACGUCAUGAGCCUCUACGAGAAGCAGCUGUCCCGCCAGUCCCUGGAGUGAUCACACUCCUCCCCUGAGGUCCUCUGGGUACCACCCAGUCUGGGUCUGGGCCCUCAUCCCGGCCACACCCAGGGCUCUGCCUCUCUUGGCCUGCUCCCCGCCCCUCCUGCUUCCUUCUCUUCAGCCGGCUCCCCCUCCUCCCUGAGCCUCGGCCUGGCCCCUGCCCCCCAACAUAGCUCUUCCUACUGUACAUACCGGGGACUGGGGCAGGGUGGGGGAGGGACAUUCCAGGCCGGGCCUGGGGCCUCAGGGCCUGACCCACACCGCGUGACCUGGGGCCUCAGUUUUUAACGAUGGUUCCAUUGCUACUUGAUCCAAAACGUUUCUGUGCCGCACUCCAUAUGUCCUGCCGCAGCGUGUUCUGUCUGUCCGUCCAUAUCUGCUGUCUGUACCGGACACUGUGUCUCCUCAGCCUGGGCCAGGGGUGAUGAGCUUCAGCCCCAGGGUAGCCCAGGCAGAGGUGCCUGCCCUGGACCCCAGCCCCACUUCUCCCAACAGGCAGGUCGCACUUUGCCCCUAGUUAUUGGGACCAGGCAGGGGAGGGGGCCUGAGGACCUGGAGGUCAGACACAGAGAGCUCCCAGGGGGUUGGCCAAGAUCUCAGCUGGGGGAGAGAUCUCUGGGGUGGGGUCAGGGGAGGAGUAGCCAGGGUGGCUUCUGGGUCACUCAGGAGGCAGUGACCAGCCUGUGAGGCAUCAAGGAGGAGGAGGCCAAGUGGGGGCAGUGACCCCGGAGGACCUGGCCCCUAGUGGGAGAGGGGGAGCUCCAAGGGUGGAGUGGGGACUCGGCCCCAGAUCUGUGUGAAACAUUCUUCUGUGUCGCUGUGGGAAAUCCCUCCCAGCCGUCUUGCCCCGUGUAGCUCUGCGUGUGUCCCAUGUCCAUGUGUGUAUUGAGAGCCCGUCAGCAGGGCGUGCAUGACUCUUUGGCAACAUGUGUUAUCUUGGAGCCACGUGUUUUUAUUGCUGACUUUAAAUAUUUAUUCCACGGCAGACAGAGACAUUUGGUGUCUUUUUAUAAUUUGCUCGUGGUCAUUGAAUAGAGCAAUAAACGGAGCAUUUUGAGCAAAACUAGC